CACUCAGAGCCUCCUGCCUCCACAGAGCAGAGGAGGCAGGAACCAAAAGGGUUAACCGGAGUCCUGGAGUCUUCUGAGUCUGCUGGGCGGAGUGGAAGGAGCGGGAUUGGAUGACUGGGCUGUGACGCAGGGGACAUGAAAAAGCUGAUAACUAGUUAAGAAGGCAGUUUGUAACUCUGGAAAAAGAGUGCAGAGCUUGAGACACGUUAAGCAGAGGACGUGGAUGAACCAGAGAAAGCUGAGCCGUCCUGGCGGUGAGGAGCUGUUAGAGACUGCAAAGUGACUCCGAACUGCGGACAAUGGUGCAGCACACGGACCACGGCGAGACGGAUGGCAGCAUGUCCAGGGAGGCCACCGACUCGGAGGAGAGCGAGUUUAUGGCAUGCAGCCCCGUGGCAAUCAACCCGGACUGGUGCAAGACGGCCACCGGGCACAUCAAGAGACCCAUGAACGCCUUCAUGGUCUGGUCCAAGAUCGAGCGGAGGAAGAUCAUGGAGCAGUCCCCAGACAUGCACAACGCGGAGAUCUCCAAGCGCCUGGGCAAGCGGUGGAAGAUGCUGAAGGACAGCGAGAAGAUCCCGUUCAUCAGAGAGGCCGAGCGGCUGCGGCUCAAACACAUGGCCGACUACCCCGACUACAAGUACAGACCCAAGAAGAAACCAAAGCUGGACGGCUCCAAACCCUCGGCGUCGUCACCGGAGAAGUGCGGCAAGAUCGCCAAGACUCCCAGCAAGAAGUGCUCCAAGAUCAAGACCAAGAGCGGCUCCAAGACCGCUCACGGCUACGCGGAGGACUGCGUGUUUCCCAGCAUAAAAGUUGCAAAGACUGUGAAAAGUGAGCUCACCGAUGAGGACGACGAUGACGAGUAUGAAGAGGACUACCGGAUGGGCUUUAAGGCGGGAGAGGAGGAGCGCCUGAGGCCGUACGGCGUCGCCAAAGUUCCGGCGAGCCCGACUCUCAGCUCCUCGGCGGAGUCGGAGGGGGCGAGCAUGUACGAAGAGGUGAGGAGCCACAAUAGACUGUUUUACAACAUCAAGAGCAUUUCCAAGCAGGGCGCGCUGCACGCUGCCUCCGUCUCACCAGCAUCCUCCAGGUCGGUGUCCACCUCCUCCUCCUCCUCCUCCAGCAGCAGCAGCAGCAGCGGCUCCUCGUCCGGGGAGGACGCGGACGACCUGCUGUUUGACUUUAGUUUGAAUUUCGCUCCGAGCGCCGCGGGCUCCGAGCUGGGCAACCCCAAUUCAGGAAACCUGUCCCUGUCUCUGGUGGAUAAGGACCUGGACUCGUUCAGUGAGGGCAGCCUGGGCUCCCACUUUGAAUUCCCAGACUACUGCACGCCAGAACUGAGCGAGAUGAUCGCAGGGGACUGGCUGGAGGCGAACUUUUCCGACUUAGUCUUCACAUACUGAAGAAAAAACACAGAAACUGUUCCUCUAGUAAUAACAGAGAAGGAAGAUAUGAAAUUAUAUGUCCUGGUCAGAUUGUCCCCAGCCCUGCCUCUUGUGGGUUUUCUAGCAGAGGGAGGAGGAGGAGGAGGAGGAAGAGGAGGACCGUGAUCCGAGGUGAGGUUUGAGGAAUGAGAUGCUUCUGAAGCUGGUAGCAGAAAAAAAGAGAGGAGAAAAAAAACGGCAAGGUCUGCAGACUUUUUUUUAUCUGACAGCAUGACAGGGUUUUCUGGAUUUUUUUCCCUCAUAGGUCUGCAUUUACUGCUCAGCUUAACCAGACCACAAAGGGAAGAACUUCUAUGCAUCUUAUCCUCUUCAAGACAAACAAAAACAAACUGCAGGGAGCUGAACUCGGACUGUGGACUGUCUCAAAGCAAAUCUGUGAACUGAAGAUUGUUCAGGAUGCUACUUUUCAACGGUUUGUGUAAUUUCUAAAUGCCGCAAAAAUGGUUUUGUUUUUAUUUUUUGAUUUUUUGGUUCGGUUUUUCCUUUUUGUAACUGAUUCCUUUUACCUCCUGGUUUGGAAAAAUCAAGCAGCCUAAAACCUCUGCAGAGUAUGCAGGUGCGGAGGAAACAUUUUGAUACAUAACAGACCUCAUCUUUUUAAAAGAAAAAGAUAUUUUCAGGCAUAUUUUUGUACAGUUGAAAAGGGAAUGUUCUUACUGUGCUUUCAGUGAGUUUCAGGCACUUCUUCCCUUUAUCCUUUGUUUUUACGCAUGCAAGGUGAGUCCUGGUUUUAAGGAUUAAGUUAAACAGAAGACUUGCAUCAAAAAUGCCUUGUGAUUUUAAACUAGGUUUUGUACAGUUGUAGAGCAGAUUUGUUGAGUAUUUGUAGACGAUACAAUGGCAUCAUGGGGAACACAUACCUCAGAGCUGGAACUAGUUUCAAGAUUGUAUAUGUACUGUAAUAUAGUAAAGUUAGGAGUUUAUGUAUAUCAUACUCGUGAUAUGUGGAUGGGUCCCGAUCGCAGGUGUGAAACUGGAUUUCUUUUUGGUAUUUUUUAUGGCACAUACUGUUUUUUCCCCCCCUUUCUCAUUUUUUUGUGCAAUAUAUACUCUUGAGAUACAGACCAUCAACAAUUGUAGCAAGUGAUGGAAAAACAGACUCGUGCACUGUCGACAUCAUCUCGGGUUAUGAUGCUGAAGCCUCUCUGGGCAGGGAAAUAAACAGAAUCAGCUGGAACUGAUACAAAACAACUGUAAUGUGGCCUGGUGGUGUGAUGCAUGCUAAGAAAACACAUAUAUCAAUUUGAAUGUUAUUCGGAUCUCAUAAUGGGGCAGAACUGACCGCAAAAACUCACACUUGAUUGCAAAUUAGGGAAAAUAAGAGUUCCACAGAAAAAAAGGGGCAAAGUCUGAUUCAGUGGUGGCCUGGCUUUAUUUUACCAAGCAAGCAAAAAAAGAACAUUCCAUAGUCCUGUUUCAUGAAAUGAAACUUUAUUUUAAAAUCUGAAGACUGCCUUCUUUUUUUAAAGACAUGAACCACAAACCUGUAUUUUUUAUUUCUUGCACUUAAAAAAAGCAGAUAUUGUUUAUUUUUUAUGUGGGUCUUACAUAUGAAGUUUGUUUGAUUACGAGUUUUUUGGAAUAUGGCUUAAUUAUAUGCCGAGACGUUUUGUUGGAAGUUCUGGGCAGUAGUUACUUCACAUUCCAAGUGUGAAUCUGUCUUUGACUCAUCUUUUUAAUAAAUAAGUACCUACCACCAUCCACUGUCCUUUCAGUUUGUGAAUAUAUGUACACAGAUGUGUUAUUUCUUGCGGUUUUGAAAAGGAUGUGACGACAGAAUUAUGCCUGUUUUUGUAUGUAGGCGGAAAUCUUAAAUGGAUGGGCUCAAACUAACAUGUGAAUUCACAUUUAAUAAAAAGGAGAAAAAAGCAAAAAAAAAACUGUUUUGAACUGAA